GUAUUAGGAUGACGCACGCGCAGUGUUUAAUUCGGAAGCGCUGGCUGGCAAGCGCAUCGACUGCUUUACGCGGUUCCGCAGGGAAUGUUUUAAAAUAACCUGAAUGUAUCAGCAUGCCCCUCUUUGUCAACGGUGAAAGGAUAGCCUCCCACGGGAGUACCGGUGAAUUGUGUAAAAGAUAUCCCGAGCUGCAGAUCACAGCCAAGGCCUUCCGCGAGAAGAAGCCAGAGACCAUCGACUCGAAGCUCCUGUUGUACGUCCAGCAGAGGGAGUUGGCAGCCACCACGCCCGCUGACAGUUCAGUCACAGUAAUUGGCUCAGAUGAUGCCACAACUUGCCACCUUGUAAUACUCCGGCAUACUGGCAGUGGAGCAACAUGUCUGGCACACUGUGAUGGGUCCAACACCAGAAGUGAGGUCUCCUUGAUCAUCAAAGCAGUGAGAGCACUAACUGCAAACCUUAAGGAGGGAAGAUUUGAGCUUCACCUCAUUGGCGGGUUUCUGGAUGAUUUGAGCACCUCUUGCGAUCUAAGCCGUCAGCUUUUGGCGGCUUUCAGCCAGCAGAAGGAAGACAUUCAUUUGUUAACAUGCUGCAUCACAGAGCUGAAUGACAGUGUGGUGUGUGGCAUUCACAGGCCUGUGGUUUAUGGAGUAGGCGUGAAUGUGAAAACGGGGGAAAUCUUCCCAGCAACAUUUCCACACAGAGGCCCAGAAGAACUCCUGCGGUCAGCACGAACCUUCACAGGAGGCCAGAUGGUGAACAUCUACGACUCGCCAGGAGAGCAGAUCCGAAUCGGCCCCUACAGUUGGCUGUCAAACAAGGACAUAAGCGUCUGGCUAGAACAAGAUGACCAGACCAUACUUAAGCACAUGUCCACAUCACCCUUGGUGGAGCCUCCUCAUUUUGUUACUCACAUGAAAGCCACGAUUCAGUUCCUCUUGGAGAACCCUCGUGCAGAGACCCUCUUUCCGGGGGGACAGUCACACGUCUACAAAAGAAGUGCACAUGGCUCGUGGGAUAAAGCAGCUGACUGUGCGGUGCCCGUGCAUGGUGGGAACAACUGAAACGGCGUUCAUGAUAAUCGAGUGGCACUUGUGAUGUGCAAUGUGUAGCUAAAUGAGCAGCGCUGGGAGACUCGAGUGGAGGACAUCUGUGCUCUGUGGAGGCAGUACCACCAGAGUGACCUGUUGUGGACACUUUGUGACAUUGCCAGCCUGGCCUGCAUGUUCCUCCUUGUCCUUCUUCAAGAUGUCUCAUGAUGUUUCACUCCCGCUGAGGGGGACCAGAGAUUAAUUUGCAUGUGUAAACCCACACACCGUAAUAUAUAUAUAUUGGGGGGGUUUGUGUGAAGGGGCUGAAUGCUGAUGGGAAUGGCUUGUGGGGUUGACGUAAAGAAGACGCCUCUUGAAAUGGCACCAAAUCACCAUGUACUUCAUCUUCAGCCUCCGUGAAACUGCUGGCCCCGGUUUGCUUAGACAGAGCAGGCAGGCCGCAGAAUCGAGUCAGGCUCACCUACUAACUCUGGCCUGUGUAGCCCCUCGUCCACGAGACCACUUUAUCUGUAUUCACUCUGCCUCGUCUGAGGUGCGCCACCAUCCAGACCUUUUAGGGGUUUUAACUUACCGACAGAAAUAAAAUGGUGAUACCACAUGA